AUGCCGCCUGAAUACAGUGUUGCCGCGAGUUACUACUGCCUUAAUGCAAGCGAUAAAGCUGCAGAAGACGAUAAUAUCGUCAAAACCCCAAAGCCCAGUGAAGCUGUGACAAGGCCACAGAUCGAUAUCGUCUCUGAUAAUGCCGUGCAGGUACCGCGGCUACCGCUAAACGAACUCAACUGGAAGAAUCGCACUCGGUUCUUGGAAAUGAUGCAGCGCCACUCAUUUGUAGUACUCACGGACCUCGGUGAAAUUCUAGAGCGCACGCACGACCAGGUGCUGCAGGACUUCGAGACAUUUUUCACUAGCGAUGAUGAGGACUGGAAAAAUAGCUGUACCAGCAAGCACGUUUACCUCAAUGAGCACGGUAAACCGUUCUGGUACGCUGGGUAUGAACACACAAGUGUGCGUGACUGCUUCCGCGUGGCGUGUGGUGAUAUGUCAAGGCUCGUGUGGCCAUCGCCAGAUUUCAAGAAGCACUGGUUGUCUCUUCAGCGCCACAUGCAGCGUAUCUGUGAUCGGGCUUUGAGCUUGACUGUCGGAUACAAUAUUGAAGCUAGCAAUGCGCGCACUGACAAGGACUUUUCGGUGUGCUAUGGUCUGCACUACCCGAACAUCGAGGGCAGCGGCCAAUCCAAAACGGAGAAUGUUUUUGAGCAUGUGGACCCGAGUCUGUAUGUCGUGGAGCCUGUGCCUAAUGUGGAAGGCUUGGAUGUGUAUGACCAACACUCCAAGCAGUGGCUCAAGGCCGAAAAAGUGUGCGUUCCCGGCAAGGAAAUUGUCCUUUUCUGUGGUCAUGCCUUGAAUCGAGCCACGAAAGGUCGGAUCCCAGGAACGCUGCACCGCGUUCGACGCACCCCAGACCGGCGAUUCUGCAUAAUUUAUGAGCAGAAGUACGAAGAGUAUUUCCUUUAA